AUGACAGGUGAACUCUCCUCACUUUCAGAUAAUUAUUAUGAGCAGGACGACGUCCUGGAUGAGGUGGAAAUCAAAGUGGAAAACGACGACAACCGCAACCUGGGUGCCGACCCGCUGGGAGAGGUGGAUCAAUUUUUUACCAAACACAGUGACAAUUUCUGUGACCCCGAGGAGAGGAUCGGAUUCUUACAAAAAUCUGACCACGAGACUCCAAUAAAAGCUAAAAAUCAAUCACUACGAAAACGGAAACGCCACGAUUCUCCUCCUCCUUACCCACAAAGUGACCUUAAACUGAAUCGUAUUCCACAGCCUCGAACCUACUCCAGAAAACGUACAAAAGCUACAAAUCACGACACAGCCUCGUCCACCUCUACGCCCAUCAUGCUAGAAGACGAAGUAGUGGACGAGGUGUUUGAGGUCAAGGUUGAAGAUCCCGACGAACUCGACAAUAACAACGAAGAAUUUUUUCGGCAAUCAAAAACCCCUCAGGAAUCGUCCCAUGUGGAGACAUCCGAGUCCCAUUCCUUCACAGAAAAGCAGUCCCCCAACAAAAUAAUCCCCCCAGGUCGUAAGAAGGGUCCCUUUCACUGCCCCCACUGCCAAGCUACCUUCAAAGGUCGGGUAGCAUUCCGAGGUCACGUCAAGUCUCACACACCCGGCUAUGUCCCCCCAAUCCGACCUCCGUGCCCGCAGUGUGGAAAAUCCUACUCGAGCAAGUACCAGCUUGAGGCCCACGUCCGCCAGGUGCACAGGGGCGAGCGACCAUUCGCCUGUGGGCAGGACGGGUGUGGUCAGUCCUUCGCGAGGAACGAAUAUCUCACCCUCCACUUGAAAAAGGUCCAUAACAUCGGGCCCAAAGAUAAGUUUAAGGACCCUGACAAAUUUAUGGUCGAGGAGGAGGAGGAGGAGCUUGAUGGUGACGCGUGGGUUUGCUAUGAGUGGGUUCCGAAAAUCAUGGGGGUUUUCUAG